AUGAGCGGGGGCGUCUACGGCGGAGAUGAGGUGGGGGCGCUGGUCUUUGACAUUGGCUCCUUCUCAGUCCGCGCUGGGUACGCUGGGGAGGACUGCCCCAAGGCUGACUUCCCCACCACGGUGGGGCUGCUGGCCGCGGAGGAGGGGGGCGGGCUGGAGUUGGAGGGGGAGAAAGAGAAGAAAGGGAAAAUCUUUCACAUCGACACCAACGCCCUCCACGUGCCUCGAGAUGGAGCAGAAGUCAUGUCUCCCCUCAAGAAUGGCAUGAUUGAGGACUGGGAGUGCUUCCGUGCAAUCCUGGAUCACACCUACAGCAAGCAUGUCAAGUCUGAGCCAAACCUGCACCCAGUGCUCAUGUCAGAGGCCCCGUGGAACACACGGGCCAAACGGGAGAAGCUGACAGAGCUGAUGUUUGAGCAGUACAACAUUCCUGCUUUCUUCUUAUGCAAGACAGCUGUGCUUACUGCCUUUGCAAACGGACGCUCCACAGGUCUGGUGCUGGAUAGCGGGGCCACCCACACAACGGCCAUUCCAGUGCAUGAUGGCUACGUCCUGCAGCAAGGCAUUGUCAAGUCACCCCUGGCAGGGGACUUCAUCUCCAUGCAGUGCCGAGAGCUCUUCCAGGAAAUGGCCAUUGACAUCAUCCCACCUUACAUGAUCGCAGCCAAGGAGCCUGUACGGGAGGGCGCACCCCCAAACUGGAAGAAGAAGGAGAAGUUACCCCAGGUUUCCAAGUCCUGGCAUAACUACAUGUGCAAUGAGGUGAUCCAGGACUUCCAGGCCUCCGUGCUGCAGGUCUCAGACUCUCCCUACGAUGAGCAGGUGGCUGCGCAGAUGCCCACAGUGCACUACGAGAUGCCCAACGGCUACAACACAGACUACGGUGCGGAGCGGCUCCGCAUCCCUGAGGGCCUGUUUGAUCCCUCCAAUGUCAAGGGCCUGUCGGGGAACACCAUGUUAGGGGUGGGCCACGUGGUGACCACCAGCAUCGGCAUGUGUGACAUUGACAUUCGUCCGGGCCUCUACGGCAGUGUCAUUGUCACCGGUGGGAACACGCUCCUGCAGGGCUUCACUGACAGGCUCAAUCGAGAGCUUUCCCAGAAGACUCCACCGAGCAUGAGGCUGAAGCUCAUCGCCAGCAACAGCACCAUGGAGCGCAAGUUCAGCCCCUGGAUUGGGGGCUCCAUCCUGGCCUCACUGGGCACUUUCCAGCAAAUGUGGAUCUCCAAGCAGGAAUAUGAGGAGGGCGGGAAGCAGUGCGUGGAGCGGAAGUGCCCCUGA